UCGAGCGCGCGUUUGCACGUAUCUGACUCCGGCUCCGCGCUCUUUUAACUCUAUGUUUAUAAAAGCAAGUGAAGUAAAAUGCAACACUUUUGUAAUAAUUUACACGGUUGGUUUUGUCAAGAUAGUGUCAUGUCGACUGUGGACAUUGCCAGCAUCGCAGAGCAUCGGUCACGCAUUAAAAAUCGAGAACGAAAGUCGGCGCCGCCAGCGCGGCCGCCGUCGCCGCCGUCGCCGCAAGCCAUCUUCUUGAAGGAACUAGCAACAGCCCUACAACCGCAUCUGCUCUCGCCUAAACGUAUGUGGGAGCUUGGUUAUCCUGUGGAAAUCGAGCCGAACUCUACUAAAGCUGUCAUGUACAUAAAUCCGCCGCCGCAACGUAAACUAUUUACAUCUUGGGACGUCAAUGCACCCGAGUUCGUGCCUGGGUCGCAAAAUGACAGUGGCAGAGGAUCGUUGGGUUCGACUCCACCGCGCUCUGACAGUGAUGAAGAAGCGGAUGAAGUGGAACAUUUAUGUGUACGUUGUGAUAAAGUGUUUCAUAUGACUCGUGACGGUGAAUAUUUGACGCAGAGUUUUUGUUCCUAUCAUUGGGGUCGUGUAGUAGAUAGACACUACUCUUGUUGUAAUAAAGCUUUACGAUCGACAGGUUGCACUUUGGGCCGUUUUCAUGUAUGGAGCGGAACAAAGCCUGGAAUGAAUGGACCAAUCGAAGGUUUUGUACGGGCACGCUUGUCUCGCGGAGGAGUGUAUGCGUUAGACACAGAGAUGUGUUACACAACCGCAGGGCUGGAGUUAGCCAGUGUCGCGGUUGUAGCUGCUAAUGGCCGACUUGUAUACAAAACACACGUGAAACCAAGUUCGACAAUACUGUGUUAUAACACCCGAUUCUCAGGCAUCAGGCCGCGCGACUUGGAGCGCGCGACUAAGACGCUACGAGAUGUACAGAAUGACCUCCUUGGAUUCAUAGGCACUGAUACAAUAUUGCUUGGACAUGCCCUGGAAAAUGAUCUCAGAGUGUUAAAAUUAUUGCACAGCGCUGUCGUCGACACUUGUGCGAUGUUUCCCCACGCCAGAGGAUUUCCGAUGCGUCGCUCUCUACGUUCUCUUUCUGAAGAAUUUUUAGGACGACGCGUACAGCAAAGCAGUGCGGGCCAUUCCGCUUUAGAAGAUGCUCGAGCAGUAAUGGACUUAGUGUUGUUGAAAGUGCAUGAAGAGCGAGCAUUCAGAGAGCGCCGUCCGAUCUCGAAGCAGUUGCCGUUGUUGCAACCCUAUGACCCUUUAGUCAGUGCCGCCUAACUUUGUGAUCUAGACUGUUUUAUUUUUGGACAUGGUAUUUGAUUUUUUUUAGUAAUGUGUAAACGGAGAGGAUAUGUGUUACGUUGCCGGAGUUCGCGUACCCUACAUAGAGGUAUGUGCCUUCGAAUUGCGUUAAAGCAAUAAACGUAAUAUAUUUUUUUACAUGUUGUCUAUUAUUUUUACCUUUUUGAAAUAAAAAUUAUUAUAUUGA